GAAGCAUUGCAUGCGUGACGUGAGUAGACGUGAACGAUCGAAUGACAGUUUUAAGAUUUCAAAAAAUACGUGAUAAUAUUCAUAUUGAGAAGAAAUAUUUUUACAUUUUUUAUCAUUAUUUAAACGAAAUAAUACAUUGGCACCAGUAAUAAAAUUAAGUGAAUAGCAAUAGUUUUGGACUCUAUCAGUGACAGUCACGUUUGUUUAUUGGUUAACAUCCGCCAUUUUGUACUGUCGUUUGUUUAGUGACUGGGGCUCUAUUCCUAGUGAUGCUAAUAGCAUUAUCCAGGAAACAUAUAUUGUGAUUUCACAAGUGGUGUACAAUGUUUUUGCUAGAAACGUUGCUUUCAAAGGGUAUAAAUUAAAUCGUGUGACUUGGAUAACUGACGUCGGUGAAUCGACUCUACCUAUGUGCCGGAUGUGUCCUACAAUCGGUUAGGGCGAUUUUACGUGCCACCUUGAGUGGUGUACGUGUCCCGAUACCUAUGCUGCCAAGAAUAUGAGUAGCAACGGGAAUCAGGUGCCGUUGGCGCCGAGUCAGCGAGGGCCCGGACCUUAUCCACGGGCAUCAACACCACACAGACCGGUGGAAUGUUACCACCCUUCAGGCGCCGCCGGGGCCGCAUACAUGCCGAGCGCUGCCGGCGGCGCUCAGGCCUCGGCGCAAGCAUCCCUGAGAGUCCAGCCGACACCGCAACCAUCGGCGCCGCCGGCACCUCAGCAGGACAUGUCCAAGACUACCAUGGCUGGCCAUACUUAUGUAUCGCAGAACCAAACGCCGCAGCCUCGGCCGCAGUUCGCCAACUAUCAGUAUAGAGCGCAGCAUGGAUCGAGACCCAACGCACAUCCCAGACAACAACAGUCGUACAUUCCUAGUGCUGCCGCCACCGCUACGGGACCCGUCAUGUAUCCGACACUCGUGUUCCAGCCUUCGCCCAUGGGAAUGCAAACUUACCAGCAGCCUCGUUCCACUACACCAGGGUACUAUCCAUAUAUGGGACAUUACAUAGGUUAUAACACACCUCCGAGCCACACCCCACCAUAUUACUACACUUCGAAUAAUCCUCAGCUGCCAACGCCAAACUUACAAGCCAACGCCCCAGGUGGUAGAAGUAAUCCCACUACUCUGGUGGGGCCACAGGGUACCCCCGCCACCCCCACUGCGCCCACUGCCACGCUUCCUCACCCACAAGCUUCUACACUCAUGCACCAUACUAUGCCUGGUAUACGUCAAGCAGCUCCAAAACGAAGUCACAGGGUUCCCAUUAUACACCCUGAUACAAGACAAGAAAUUUUCUCAGAUUAUAACGAUAUUGGUUUAAACAACGAAACUAACGAUCGCCACAUCUCACAACCCGAGCCAUCAGCACACAGUAUCGCAGAAGAAUUUAAUAGAAUGGUCAAUGAAGCCGUCAAUCAGCCUUCUUGUGAUAACUCUUUUAAAGCGAAUUUUGUAUCAAAGAACGUAGAUGCGCCCGCUCCGCCUACGCCAACCUCUGUCCAAACCCAACCAAAUGCAAUAAGCUCUAUUAAUAAUAAUGUAGUAAAGUCUGAAAUAUUAACUGUUAACGAAAGUAAACAUUUAGGAACUGAUGUUGCUGUUGAAUCGAACGAAACGCCAAUUGUAUCAGCAAUAUCAGACAGUCCUGUUAUAGUGCCUAAAAUGCCUAUGAAUAUUAAGCAACUCCAAAAGAAUAGUGAACAGACAGUUCAGUCUUUAGUCCUAGAUACAAAUAAGAGUAUACCACCUAAUAAGCAAAUGAAACAAAGCAAAAAUGUGCCUCAAAUCGAAGAAUUAGAAAAGCCUCCAGAAGAUAUUAAUAGUGCGCAAAUAGCAAUAACUACAGUAGCUCCAAUUACGAGUUCGACAGCGAUUACGUCUACCGUCACACCAGUGCCUGCAGCAACACAAGCGACUUCCACUGUAACCACUCAGACCCCCGUUCCUACUGCCACGCCGGCUCCGCAACCGCAGAGAAUAAGAGAACCCAGGGAAAGACUCAAAUCAGAGGAUAAAGAAAAACUCAAAGAAAGGGAAUCCCAAGAAAAAGAGACAGUAUCUGCUUCCAGCAAACCUAAUGGCCCUACACCUGCAGUGAUUAUUUCAGUUGAUAGCUUGGCAGAAGCUUCAAUAUUUCCAACUAGUCAAAAUCAGGGCUUAGGUGUGGAGCAAACAAAGAAACAAGUAACCAUAAAGCAAUAUUCUCCAGCUUUAGAGGCUGAAACCCCAGCUGAUGUAGCAUCCAAUGUUGAACCAACCUCAAGCGAGCCCCUUGUUGAAACUACUCCCACUGCCACACAACUGUUAUCUGCUAGCAUUGAAAAGGUUGCCAAAGAGCAGCUGUCCAAGGCACCAGAGUCUAAAGAACAAUCAAGUGCGAUAGAAGCCCAAGUUAAAUUAACGCAGAGUAUAUCGAGUGUGCUGCGCACUAAUCAAUCUGAUUUAAAAAUGAAAGAUAUUAACCUUAAUAAGACUACAGAUCCUGAUACUGCCAAUGGAAAUAAUACUGAAAUUACUAAAACUGAGACUGUUAAAGAAGACAUCAAUAAAAAUGAAAAAGUUUUAACGAAUAUUAAGAAUUCUAAUAAAAAAUCUACAAACAAAAUGGCUAAUAAUGAGCCAAAUAUUAAAGAAGCCGAGUCAUAUGAAAACGGUAAAAAUGAGACUGAUAAAGUAGUUAAUGUAGAAAAUGAUAAAACCCAGCCUGCUGAUGAAAUGGCUGCACCUAAGCCUGCACCCGAAGAUACUUCAAAGAUUGAGGCACAAGCAGCCCCAGCAGUCUUUGUGCCUAAAUACAAGUACAGUGAAGAUCAAUGGUCUCCGCUCAAUACUGCUGGCAAAAAGUACUAUGAUAUUGAUUUGCUCAAGCAAAUAAAGGAUGAUCCACUUUCAAAGAACAAGCCUGUUAAUGUUUCUGUUUUGGAACACUGCAAUGUCAUAAGGACCACGCCAAUGCAGGAACCGCAACCAUUCACGCCUAUUUCAAGACCCAUGAAUGACUCUCUAUUUCCUCCAUUUGCCAAACCCGCGGGCAUGGGAUCCAGGAAUAACACAUCUCGUGAUGCUAAGAAAGAUUCAAGAAAUGCUGCACCAACUGGCAAGGGGAGCGUCAAGUUGGCUCCAAGUCCAAGUGUCAACAGCGCUCAUAAACCGGUUAUUCACGUUUCUUUGUCAUUGAGGGAGGAAGUCAAGUUAAACGAAGUUGACUCUGCAUGGAAACCUACAAGAUUCCGCAAAGAUACUGUGAAUGAAGAAGAAGCCAGGACACAGGAACUCUACAAGAAGUUCAGGGGCAUAUUGAACAAGUUGACUCCACAAAAGUUUGACACCCUUCUGGAGAGAGUUAAAACAUUAGAAAUUAAUAAUCAAAAGCGCUUGGAAGGCGUUAUUGAUUUAGUAUUUGAGAAAGCCAUUGAUGAGCCCAACUUUUCUGAAGCUUAUGCUGCUAUGUGUAACAAGUUGUCUGUACUGAAGGUCCCAGCUGACAACCCAACGUCACCUGACAAGUGUGUUAAUUUCCGAGCUCUCAUUAUCAAUAAAUGUCAGAACCAAUUUGAGACCCACAAAGUGGAUGAGCAGAUAUUGAAAUUAGAAAGUGAAUUAGCAGCUUGCACAGACCCUGUCAAGAAGAAGGAACUUACGCUGAUGAUUGAUGAAGAGAAUAGGCGAGUAAGAAUGAGGUCUGUGGGAAAUGUCAGAUUCAUUGGUGAGCUGUAUAAAUUGAAAAUGUUAACAUCCAAAAUUAUGGAUUACUGUAUGAAGUAUUUGAUUGAUAAAGUGGAAGAGGAGAAGCUUGAAUGCCUGUGCAAAUUGCUGACAACGAUCGGUGAACAAGUUGAGAAUGAAGUAAAUGGUCAACUUGAUAACAUUUUCAAGAAAAUGCAGGACAUUGUAGAUCGCAAGUCUAAUAAAAUAAGUAGCCGUGUUAGGUUUAUGCUUCAAGAUGUCAUUGAACUCAGGAAACGUAAAUGGGUGGCUAAGACUGUUAUUGAUUCACAACCUAAAAUGAUGGAUCAAAUUCAAAAAGAAGCUGAACAACAGCAGCGUCACAUAGAGUUAAUGAAUGCCAAUCCCAUGGGUGGAUUCCGUCGUGAUGAAGGCGGCCGGGGCAAACGUGGCGAUAGCCGGAGGCAGAAUCCUAAUACCGCCUUUAUCGACAAUACAUGGAAGUCUUCCAGGGCGAACUACCCUGUGGACACACUAAAACUUAAGGCUGUUACACAAAAGAAUCUGAAUAAUAUAAAAUUGGCUCCACAUAAUUCGGCAUGGAACCAUGGUUCAGGUACAAAGAAUACUGCACAGGCGAGUAGUAAUUCCAUGAUCAGUAUCAGCAAAAACAUGUACAGUGUCCUCGAGAAUGUACAAACUGAUCCCACUUCACUUAGAGCUAACAGAGACAUGACACCUAAUUAUUCCAAAGGAGCAUCGAUUGAAAGGUCUACAUUCAAUUCCAGAGGCGACUUUAAUGCAAGUGGAAGCAGUAGCCGGUCUGGGUCGGUAGGCGUGGCGCGGUCUAACUCCGGCACGCGAAGUACGAGUGCAGCACCUACUACGCCGCCAGUUGCUAACGAAGCACCCGCGCCUGCGCCCGCGCCCGUGCCACAAGAGCCCCUCCCUGAAGCUAAGAAGAAGUCAAUCAAGUCCUUGAUAGACCUCUGCAUCAUCAACUCGGAUGAUGUUGAAAUGGUAGCAGAUGUGAAGCAGCUAUUCACAGCCCAGUACCACGCUGCUGUGGUUAAUGAAAUACUCAAUAUUGCUGUAGAAAAGCCAGCCAAGGCAAUUGGACUUAUUUCAAAGGCAUUGCUCAAUUUAGUGACAUCAAAUAUCAUCUCUCCUGAGAAUUUUAUUUCAGGCAUGAAGGAAAUGCUAGAAUUUGCGCCGGAUCUGUACAUUGAUAUUCCUAUGUUAUAUGAUAAUUUAGGAAAAAUUAUUGCACCACAAAUCGAAAAAAAGCAUAUCACCUUUGUACAGCUAUUGAAGGUCUCUGAAAGCAUAAUUUCAGCGCACCAUGGGCAUCUAUUUUUGAAAGCGGUGAUUAGAGACCUGAAAGAAAGUAUGGGACCUUCCUUUGUUAGAAGCAAAUGGCAAGAGUCUGGUAUUCAGAUUAAGCAAUGGAUGGAUGAAAAACUCGUCACGACGUGGUUAGAAGAUAAUAAGUUCGAAUUUUUGGAAGGAGAUUCCAAGGUUAGCGAAGAAACGAAGAAAAUCCUGACGCCAGUCCAAACUCAAAGCAAGCUAAUUCAAUUAAUGAAUGCUGAUGAGGGUUGUGAAUGUAUAAAGGGAUGGAUUAAGGAUAAGUUUGGCAAUACUGCAAAUGAGGAUUGGUUUAUGCGAGCACUGAUUCAGGCAAUUUGCGAACAUGUUCUUUUCGGUCCUGAGGGACGCGAUGUGCCACACUUUAACCAAGAUCGCAUGAAUAAAUAUGCGAGUCUUAUACACGACUUCGGCGAGACAAAACAGUCGAGAGAAGCAAGUUGCUUGUUCGGCAUACAACAGCUUAUACAUAGGCUAGAACACCCACAAGGCUUAACAUUAGAGAUAUUCCAAUAUCUCCAUGACCAAUAUAUUAUUUCAUUAGAUGGGUUUAUCGCAUGGGAGGAAUCUGAAAAGGAGCCAGAAGGAAAAGGCGUGAUGAUGAAGGCGUUGACCUCGUUCUUCACGAACAUCAAGGAGGCGGACAACGAGGACUCGUGCAGCGAGGACUGACGCGCGCCGCGGCACGCGGGCCCGCUGCCGCCGCUCUUCGCGCCGGUCAUCGCGCCCGUGCUGAUCGCAGCCACGCCCGAGGCAACAUCUGCAUUCAAUGUCUUCUAUAUUUUUAUAUAUUAGAAUCAUCCUAAAGGGAACUCAUAGAUUAUAUUAUUAUGAUUAUGCUUUUAAAAGUUAACAAGCUAGAAAAAGUUGUAUAAUAUUUUUUAUGCGAUAGUUAUUUAUCAAGGAAUUUAAAUUUGCUUCAAAAUUUUCAUGCUCGUACCUAAACAAAUUAUGGAAUACAUCAAGUUGAAUACGACGUGCAUGGUGUUAUUUCCGGGGUACAAUAUAAUCAUUAUUUUACGGUUUCAUAGUUUUUUCUAUACUGAAUUAAUGUUGUUUCAAACACUUUUGUAACGAAUACGCAAAAAAUCUGAUGAUUUUUAUAUGGACUUGUUAAAACAGAUAAUUACCGCAAGUGCAUUAUUCUCUGUUCUCAAGAUUCACGAUAACGUUUUAAUAUAUUUCUUUAUUUCAAAGUUUUUACUGUUUUUAAUAAUAAUUCUAGAGAGUAUACUUAUACGUGAAUUAAUAAGAUUGUAUGAAAUGGCAAAGGUUUUAUCCUACUCGAUGAUUAUUUAAUUUUUUGAAUUGUAUUAUUUUAACAGUCAAUCUUGUCAGCAGAGAAAUAGAGUAACUUAUCUCUGGCACAAUCAACAGUUUCCAAAGUUUUUCUUCUAGUUGAGCUCCUGAUUAGAUUACCUUUGCGUAUGAUGUCUUGCGAUAGUCAAAUUAACUGUUUAUUCUCAUUUACUAAAUUGGUUGAGUUUUGGAAGCUGUCUUUGGCUUUAUCUUAGUGUGCUUCAUUUGAGUAGGCACUUUUAACAACAUUUUAUUUUAAACAUGAGUUUUAUUCAUAUCAAGAUUGUUUAUCUUCAGGUAAGCGCCUACUCAUAUGGAGUAUAGAGAAGUCACUGUUUAGAGAGAUGUGUACUCCUGUUUAUAAGUUAACUGUUACCUGUCAUGGAACUAAUAGUUAAUAUAUGGAUCUAAUUAUUUACUUAAAACAUAUAUGAUUACUAUUACUAUAGUUAAUAAAAUAGCAAAUUUUGGCGUGAUGUGUUGUAGGCAGUAGCGGAUUUUUCAUAUGGGGAUUCUAAAGCGUCUGAUUGUUGAUGUCCUGUUAAACAUAAACUUUAUUUUUGUGAAUAUCGUUUUAUGGCGCUUGGAGUUAUGGUCAGUCUGUACUGAAAUCCUCGUCUGCAAACAGAUUGUGCAAUCUGUUGACAACACAACGCCAAUUCAAACUCAAGGAGAAUCGUUGAUAACUAUGAUACUUAAUUAAUUACGAAAAUAGAAUGAUUGAUCUAUAUUUACACAGUUUACUGUUAUUGGCUUGUAAGUUCAUUGAGAACUUAUUAAGUACGUUAAAAAGUAAAAAUACGUAUGCAAUUGCUUCAUUCAAACUUCGACAAAAGUUUUAUUCGUGAUUUCGCUUCUUUUUAAUUCAUUUAUUUUAGUUUCCUUUUUCAUAAUUCAGUUAGUUAAAAUUUUAUGUUUUUAUCUAAAGUCCCGAGUUAAAAAUUAUUUUAUCAAAGAUCUAAUAGAUAUUUUUGUAAGUUUAAUUUCACGACUUAUCAAAAACCCAAGUUAAUACUUUCAUACGUUUAUCAUGUAACUUUGAUUUAAUAGAUAUUUUUAUUUAGUUUUAAUUAAUAGUUAGCUGUGACUCAGUAAGCAGUGAUUCCUGUCUCAAAUCUUUAGUGAAAUCAGUUGGUUGGGCCCGAGAUGCGUGACCGUAGUGCCGGCGCGGGCGCUUGCAUUUCGCUUUCGCGUCGGUUGCACGCUCCGCACUCCGACCUUUGCUUGUUAAGUUCACUUCACUGUCUCCGCUGCUGAGUUUUUAUUACUUAUAGCUACUCUUGUCAGUUACUAUGUAUGUUAUGUAAAUAAACUUUUUGAAAAAAGCUAAUUUUUACUGAAUAUUCCUAAUAUUGAACACCACUAUGUAAAACUAAUAUUUAAAGCAAUAAUGAAAAUUCCCAGCCUUCAUAAAUAUAAAGAAUAGAAAAACAUAGUACUUUUAUAUUCCAUUGAAAUGUAUAUUCAACAAGAAAUUUAGUAACAGAACACGUUAUUUAUUAUUAAAUUUUAUAAAAAAAUAUAAAAUAAAUCUCUUGUUUGAGAUUUUUGUAAAUAAA